ACUGUAAAUAUUAAAUAUAAUGGGAGAAAACGAAAACAACAUAACAAUUCAUGAAGUAAUAUCAGAAAUUAGAAAAAAUAGAACAGAGAUAAAAAAUGCAAUAGAGGCUCUGGAAAGUAGAUUAUUAAUACAGAUUGCAGACUUGAAAAAGAAAAAUAAUACGUUAGAACAAGAAAAUCAAAUAUUAAAGAAAGAAAUUGAACAAAUAAAAAUAAACAGCAACGAAAAUAGUAUUGUAGUCUUUGGACUACACACAUCUGUAAACAAACUAACCAUUCAAGAUAUUUGUUUGCGCAUAUUUUCCCUAGUAGAAGUUGAAAUUAAACCAUCUGCUAUCAAUAAUUAUUAUACUUUGGGAAAUAAAUACAACAGCCCAUUAAAAAUAGAUCUAGUAAACCAUUGGAUGAGAAGAGAUAUCCUAAAGAACUGUUUUAAAUUAAAAGAAAAAAAGGGUAUUUCCAUUGCACCGGUGUUAACAAAGAAACAACAACAAGAAUCCAAAAUACUGCGACAAAAUUUAUUCCUAGCAAAACAGCAGAAUAAAGAAAACAGCUACAUAAAAAACGGCAAACUCUACGUAAAUAAUCAGCCCUAUACCAUUGAAGACUUAAUUGACGCUGAAGAAGUAAGCACUGAUAGACUUUCAAAUAGUGCUCCAUCAACACCAAAACUAGAGACAGACACCCGUGUAGAAAACAACCCACUACCAGGAAAUACCGAAAAGCCGAAAUUUAAACCAGAAGAGAAGAGUGACCUAAAUACAACACCAUCAUCUUCAAAAAAUACCAGCAAGCCCAAUACUCGCUUUCAAGACAAUAAAAAGAGAAAUAACUCCACUUCCACUUCUCAUAGCAUAAUUAAAAAGUAA